CAGAGUUUCAGUUGUGUUUCAGUCGUUGAAGAGUCGACUAACUACUAUAUCGUACACUUCAGUGUUGUUCAUCGCCAGCAUUAAAAGAAAGUCAGCCUUUCGAAAUACGAUCCAGUUUACACAGUUAACAGGACACCGGUUGAUCACCACAGAUUGUGAGGAAAAAUGGCGAGUCUUACCAAACUCUCGAUCAUCAGGCUCUUCGAGCUGGUCAUGGUCUGCGUUAUGCUUGGACUGGAAUAUCACUCCCUUGCGGCAUCCUCGAAUUAUACGAUCAUGCUCACCAUGGGAACGAUCGGUGGAUACUUGAUUAUACUGGUCGGACUAUUUGCCGCAACAAUGAUGGGGACUCCGGUGAAUCGUCGUGUGGACCUCUUCUUCAGUGUCGUCGGCUGCGUUCUCUUCAUAAUCGUUGGCGCUGUGACCAUCGAUUAUUACCAACACGUUUCUAAUUACCAAAAUCUCAGGGACAUUGGUUUAUCCAAGGGCUCUAUAGCGGUGAUAGAGGGUGUCUUCUUCCUAGUCGAUGCUGUUUUUACCUUCCGAGGUGACGCUUGAAGUGUACACGGCUGAAGAAGCUCGCUUCAAAAGGGACUGCUCCUCGUCUAUACAUAUAUACAGUAAUUAUUAUAAUACCACUAAUAGCGAAUACACAAGUGCCCGGUAAGUUUUGCAAUUAUCAUAAAAAUUCUUCAGAAUCAAAGUAUAUCUGAUGCAGAAAAUUUGACCUGCGGUUGUGAAAAAAAAAACAAAUGCAUCUCAUUUGGUGGGCGAAUACAAAAUCAAUAUGGCCGCCAAUGCUACCGCCUAUUGAGAUUUUAUUUUUAGCGUACAAUCGUUUUUGGCGUUUGAAGGUUAGCCAUUGUUAUCCCAGGUUACAAAAAAUUAUGGCAACAGCGGUUUGGCUGUCAUUUUAAUGCGAAACAAUUUUUUUCACACUUAGUAUUCAGUUAGCAAAAUUCACUCGUAUAGCUUAUGGUUCACUUUUGAUUAUCAUCAACGCUAUAAAUUAUAGGUAUAAUAUAAUAUUACGUACCAUCAAUGUGUUACUGUCAAAAACGUGUUAUUCUUGUCAAACUAUUGAUCGUGUCGUUUAGUGUUUCAUAGAAUUUGUUUAUUCGUUUUUACUCCAAUGAGAUUUACAAUAUGAUUUUUUUUAAUUCCUCAUAUUCCGAACGCGACUAGAUUUCGGAAAGCAUAUUUAUCAAUCGAUCAAUAGACAUUGUGCAAAUCGCAUAAUGUAAAUGUAUUGCGUAUACUCUUGUAGAGAGAUGGAAAUUUUAAUAUAUGAAUAUUAUUCUACGCGGAAAAAAAAAUAAAUAAAAUUACCACUGAAUUAGGUGAUUAUUAACAUACGUAAACAGUGAAAUAGACAAAGCUUAAUUUUUUGUUAUACUGUAUUCUAAAAUUUCCACCAGGGUAUGUAGUAUAGUAGCAAUCAUUCAAUGAUUAUAAAUUUAAAUUUCUAGUAUAAAUCGCAACAUUAUCGCCAUCAGAUAAAGUAGCAGUCCCUGUUAAACAAAGAUUUAUUUCAUAAUGAUAAUUAUUGAUAUAUACAUACAUACAUAUAUAUAUACACACACACACAGAGAAAUCUAUAUUUAUUGUUAACGUUAAUGAUAUAGAUUAUUACAUAUGUAUGUAUGUUUACGUAUAAUUUAUAGUAACAACAUAAAUGUAAGUUACGUGUAAUUGAUAUUUGCCCAUCGUACUAUUGCAUCUCAUUUAAUUGUAAGACGAAAGAAAACAGAAAAAAAAUGUGUUAUUGUAAGUAGUACAACGGAAUUGCGAUUCAAUUGUAAAACAGUAAAGAAAUGAUCAUGAUCAAUGUUAACCUACAUCUACGAUUUUUACGUUUAUAUCAUCUUUUUUUUUUUUUUGACAAUGUUUAAUGUUUGUCGAUGUUUCGCUCUUGCAGUUAUUUAAUUUCCAAUUUCUUUUUUAUAAGCCUCGAUGUACAACAUAAUUUUCGAUACAUAAUAUAUACGUUAUUACGAUAAGCCCAAUAUGUCGACAAAGAAACAUAUGUAUGCUUACACAUUAUGUAUGUAUGAUAUCUACAUAUAUAGGUAUGUAUGAAUACCUAGAUAUCUAAAUCUGUUAAAAUCUUUUAUUUUCAUUUGCA